AUGAGGGACGGCAGUGGACAGAGAGCCGGAGGAUCUGGCAUGCAGAGACCAGAAGAGGACCGAAGGUUUGUGCUCACCGCGUUCGGGAAGUUUUGUAGCCAGAGGGCAAAAUACCUGGACAGGAGAAAUGAAAUGAGAAGAUGGGAGAGGGCAAGAGGAGGAGGAAAAGAGCGAGAGGACAAACUUACAGACGGCUCUGUUGUCACCAGUCGGAUCGCUAAAGGGCCGUGUGCUACCCUCGCCUGUGUCACCAUGGGCGACCAUGGCGGCGAAGGUAUCGGCAGCUGUGAGUCAGCGCGGUGCUCCAGUGACAUCAUGCUCCAGCCGCCGAUCACGUUCAGCACCAAGAUAAGCCCCACCUCCCCUUCCCUGAAGAGGAAGCAGCUCAUGUGGCAGAGGGCCGUGAGACACAUCAUCGAACAGCGCAACCACCACUCCCUCAGCCUGGCAAAAACCACCACGGUGGAAAAACGCCGCAUCCUGAUCACAGACGCAUAUAUUGAUGACAUCAACAGGCAGAUCCGCAGCAAGGCGUCACGGGGUGGGGUGUGGCAGAAACGGCGGUCCUCCGCCGCGCGGAUCCAUCCGACGUUGCAGAAGGAGAGGAACUCCACAGCAACUCAGAGGAGCAACGAGUCGAGUGACGCAGAUUUCUUCAUCUCCUGGGGCGCCACGUGGAGAGGAGUCUUCAUCCCCACCCUACAACACACCUUCAAGUCACCUGACCUGGAGAAACUCUACCAGCAGUACUCCUCCGGCCAGCGCAGAACGUCACUGGUCGUCACCAAUGUGAUUGACAUCCUGACCAAGCUCCACAUCCUCCUGCUGUCCAUGCUGGUGUCCCCAGAGGGGCUGGACAUGAUGCGUGGUUGGCUGGCUGGGAUGUUCAUCGUCCUGGGGUUCGGACUGUGUGUGCUGGUGCUGAUCAGGAAGGAAAUGAUUUCCUCUCCAGAGUGGCUGAGGUAUGUAGCAGUAGUAAGCUGGCUCUCUCAGACCAUCCAGGUGGUCUUUGGGGUUGUUGGUGGGGCAGACAGGGACCAGUCUUGGUACGUCCUCUUCACCCUCUUUUCCAUCUACACCCUGUUGCCCCUCCCACUUCUCUGGUCCAUCGUCACCGGGUCAACAACUGCCAUGCUGCAUCUCCUUGUGGAGGUCACCUAUCACUUUGGCGACAGCACCAUAUUCAGAAAGGUUUUGGCCGAGGCUCUCCUCUAUGUUUCUAUGAACACAGCUGGUUUGUACAUUCACUACCUGUCAGACCGCACCCAGAGACAAGCCUUCCUCGAGACACGCCGCUGUAUAGAGGGACAAGUCAGACUGGAGCGAGAGAACCAGAGACAGGAGCGCCUGGUGAUGUCCAUCCUGCCUCGCUUCUUGGCUCUAGAGAUGAUUUCUGAUAUGACCACUAUGGAAGAUGAACUACUGCCUCAGCAGUUCCACAAGAUCUACAUUCACCACUAUAAGGACGUCAGUAUCUUGUUUGCUGACAUCAUUGGGUUCACCUCUCUCUCCAUGGUACUGUCUGCCCAGGAACUGGUCAGGACUCUCAAUGAGCUCUUCGGACGCUUUGAUAGAUUGGCGGAGGAGCACCACUGCAUGCGUAUUAAGAUCCUAGGGGACUGUUACUACUGUGUGUCUGGGGUCCCUGAGCCAGAAAGGGCCCAUGCUCGCUGUUGUGUGGAGAUGGGACUUGCCAUGAUCAGUACUAUACGGUAUGUGCGUAAGGAGUGUCAGCAGGAUGUGGACAUGCGGAUCGGGGUCCACUCAGGUUCGGUUCAGUGUGGUGUCCUGGGUCUGCAGAAGUGGCAGUUUGAUGUCUGGAGUUGGGACGUUGACAUAGCCAACAGCCUGGAGGCAGGGGGCUUGCCUGGACGUGUUCAUAUCUCCAAGGCGACGCUGGACUGUCUGGGUGGGGUUUAUGAGAUAGAGGAGGGGCAUGGGCAGAAGCGCAAUGCGUUUCUACGGAAACACAAUAUUGACACAUACCUGAUUCGCCAUUCGCCCAGAGUAGAGGCGGAGCCUCCGAGGAUGCGGCGUCCGAGUCGUGAUGACAUCACUGCCUGGAGUGCUGAGCUGCCAUUUGGCAACAUCCUGGGCAUGAACUUUAUUCUUGCAACCUUCACCAAUGGGUCGCUGACCCAGCUGCCCAAUCAGGUGGCGGCCCAGAGAUGUGGUUCGCGUGAGGUCAACAAGCGGAUCCGUCAGGCCAUCGAGGUACGCAUCAGUGAGCGCAUGAGGAAGGAGCACAUCACGGCCAUCACACAGAUCUUCAAGGACACCACACAUAGAGGCCAGUACUCUCAGAUGAGAGAUGAGUUGUUUAAGUCCAACAUGGUUUGUUCCUUCAUCAUUUUGUUGCUGCUGAUUGCUGUCCAGGCACUUAUCCCUGCCCCACGGUACAACCACUUGCUGUGGCCCAUGCUGGCCCAGUUUGGGGUGAGUGGGUGUGUGUACCUCCUGCUGCUGGUGCUGACGUUGGGGGAGGAGUUUAAGCACUGCCCCGCCUCCCUGCAGAUGCUGUGCUGUUGGGUUCACGAGACCAAAAAUGUCCGAACGUUGCUCACGCUCAUGGCCAUCACCGUCAACCUAGGAGUUGCCUGCUCAGAUAUCCUGUGGUGUGAUUCUGUAGAGACGGACAGUAAUUCUCAGGAGCAGCCUCUGAAUAUAUGCACACACCCUGAGUACCUGGUCCUGAGCGGAGUGGUUGCCAUGGUAUCGUGUGCAGUGUUCCUAAGGCUGAGCUGUUUGCUGAAGCUUGCUAUGCUGUUGUUGGCAAUUGCUGUUUACACCUUCCUCAUCCAAGUCCUUCAUCACUCUCUGUUUGUUCAGCAGAUCACUGGUCCCAACAGCAGGUCUGUCUAUCUGUGGAGGAAAGGAGAGUGUAUUUUGCUCAUGGCCAUGUUUGUAGUAGCAGUUCUCUACAACAGUCGACAGUUGGAGGCAACGGCACGCUUGGACUUCCUGUGGAGGCUGCAGGCCAGACAGGAAGUGGAGGACAUGAAGGAACUGAGGGAACACAAUGAGUACACCACCAGCCGUAUCCUGGCUGAGCGAGGCUUUGUGCGGGAGAUCAGAGGGUACAUUCAUGUCAAGGGCAUCAGUGAGCGACAUGGCAAGGUUCUGACCUACUUUGUCAACAGUUGUGAGGAGAGAGCGAGCUCCUCGGAGCGCAGCAUGGCACGCGGCACCGCUCUGUCCAGGAACACCCUGGCUGCCGUGGUCUUCACUCUGGUCCAGGCUCGCACGAAGGAGAAACUCAGGGAGGCGAACGGAGGCUUUCACCUGAUGGACGUGUCUUAG